UCCUACCUUUGCCUUCUGCACGUAUGUACAUUCAACUUCAACCGCGAUCAACAUGUGCACGGUGUUCUCGACAUUGCCUACAAGUUCACAUAUUCUGGAUUGUCUAUCUGCCGACCUUACAGUGGUUCGGCCUAUACUUUCUGCCUGAAGUCUGCCAAGCGCAACAAAAGCAAUAAUACUAUUUAAGCAAGCCGUCUUCCUACUGCCAGCAUCAGAGCUUUUAUUCGAGAUCCCCCUUGACGCAUUCCAUAUUACCUAACACAAACCAUGCGUUUCUCUUUCCUCCUCGCUGUUGUUACUGCUUUGACAACAUCUAUAUCUGUUAGUGCAAUGUUAUGCAUAGAUAAAUACGGGGCUUGCCGCGGGCCCCCCAGAUCGCUGGGAGACAAACCAUGCUGCAAAGGUACCACUUGUAAGCUCGAUGUGAGUAUGAGUCGUCCGCUUUGGUCCGGUGUUCAACCUCACGACCCGCCCUUUGCGUCCUGUACCAACAGCCUGUAGAU